CAUCCUUCAGGUGCCCAAAGUGGCCUUUUCAAUAUCAAGCUACCAGGAUCCAGUAAGAUUUUUUCAGUUUAUUGCGAUCAAGAGACCGGUUUGGGAGGAUGGCUUUUGAUCCAGCAAAGAAUGGAUGGAUCACUGAAUUUUAACCGGACGUGGCAAGACUACAAGAGAGGUUUCGGCAGCCUGAAUGACAAGGGAGAAGGAGAAUUCUGGCUAGGCAAUGAAUACCUCCACUUACUAACCCUGGAAGGCUCUGUCCUUCGGGUUGAAUUAGAGGACUGGUCUGGGGACUGGGCAUUUGCAGAGUAUCACUUGAGGGUAGGCUCUGAGGCAGAAGGCUACGUUCUGCAGGUCUCCUCCUAUGAGGGCACAGCGGGCGACGCUCUGAUUGAGGGUUCUAUAGAGGAAGGCACCGAGUAUACUUCUCACGCUGGCAUGCAGUUCAGCACCUUUGACAGGGAUGCAGACCAGUGGGAAGAGAACUGUGCAGAAGUCUACGGCGGAGGCUGGUGGUACAACAACUGCCAGGCGGCCAAUCUCAAUGGCAUCUAUUACCCUGGGGGCUUCUAUGACCCCAGGAACAACAGUCCUUAUGAGAUUGAGAAUGGGGUGGUCUGGCUGCCCUUCAGAGGAGCCGAUUACUCCCUCAGGGCUGUCCGCAUGAAAAUCAGGCCCCUGGUGGCCCAGUAAGCUGACAGAGUGGAAAUGAGAGAACUCCGUUUUGUUUAGUGAAGUGGAGAAAAAAUAAGGAAGAUAAAGGAGUCAAGAUUCUCUACAACCUAAAAAUUCCCGGGUGCUAUUUUAUUAUUUUUUUGUACUGUAGCUAAAUGUAACCGAGACAUAUUAGUGCUUAAAAAAAAUAAAGUUAUAUGAUUUUUUAAACCUUUAAAA